AUGACGGUGCUUGGUUUUGCAACUGGUUUAUCUUUACGUCAGUAUAACUUAAAGCAACAAACAGUUGAACUAAUUGGAUUUCCUGGAAAACUCGUGGUUCGAGCUUUCAUACUUUUAACUGUUCCCCUCAUCGUGUGUAACGUGAUAUUGGGAAUAUCUUCAUUUAGUAAAAUGGACAAAGUUGGUCGCUUGGUGAUGAUUACAGUUUGUUUCUUUCUUGGCCUGGCGCUCUUCUGCUCAGUGUUAGGUACAGCUUUGGCAUAUUUUAUUCAGCCUGGAAAACUGAUUGGCAAAAUGGAAGUAGAGGCCUCUUUUCACUGUCCACCAAUUAAUGAAAACCAGAUACUGGAUUCUCUGUUGGAUAUUUUCAGGAAUGCUGUACCGGAUAAUGCGAUCCAAGCUACUUUCAAGCGUGAAGUUACAGUAAUUAGACCCAAGAAACUGCAAAGUUUUAACAACAACUUAACAGAUAAAGUGAAUUCUACAGACUCAGCUCCCAGAUUUGAGAAAGAGGUGAUACUGCGAGAAGAAGUAAACUACAUAGGACUGAUGGUAACAAGCAUAGUCUUUGGCUGUGCCACUGCUACUCUGGGAGAUAAAGUAAAGGCCUUGAAGCAAGUACUUGUGGGUGUUAAUGAAGUUAUCAUGAAAAUACUAUUCUUUUUACUCUGGUUAUUGGUAUUUGGAAUGUUUUUCUGGAUGUGUGAGGAAGGAUUGAACACAAGCUCAGUUAAUAAUUUGUUCCAAGCAAUCAGUCUUUAUAUGUGUGCGGUUUUCGGGGGCUAUUUCAUUCAUCAAGUUAUAAUCUUACCAGGAUUGUAUUUAUUGAUUGUGAGAAAAAACCCUCUGCCUUUCCAUCUGAGCUUAAUGCCUGUGUUACUCACUGCCUUUGGAACAUCAUCAAGGUAA